AUGUCCGCCAAGCGAGCACACUUCAGUUCCUCCGUCAAGACCAUUCCGGAUGCCCAGCCCAACCGUCGUACAGCCUCACUCCAACACCAAAAGUCCUUUAAUGGUGAGGACGACCCUGAGGCAGCAUCCAUUCGAAGCACUUUCCCCGCCGCACAGAAGCCGUCCGAGGAGCAAGAAACGACGUCCGAUAACGACGAAGCCAACACCACCUUCGUCACUCAGCAAACCAUCAACCUUGAUCCCGAAGACGACGAAAAACCAAUCCUUGAAAGACCACAAGUCCAUGCGGCUUCUCUUUCUACCCAAGAAAACCUCGGACCAUACACUAUGUGGACCUCCGAGAACAAGAAAAAAGCCUUCGAGGUGACAUUGGUCGCCUAA